CACACACACACACACACACACACACAACCACAUGCACACUUACAUAAACACUCAAGUACACUCACACACACAGACAUGUCAGUUCCUGUCUUUAUGUUAUGUUCUCUGCAAAAAUGAUCCUGGUUUCCCGCCGCCUGUCAGUCGACUGUGUGGGCAGAGCCACAGCAACAGGCUGAUACGAGCAGGAAGAAGACAGACAGACACAGACAGACAGAGACAAAGACAGACAGAGACAAAAAGAGACAGAUAGACACAGGCAGAGACAAAGAGAGGCGAACAGAGACAAAAAGAGACAUAGAGACAGACAAAGACAAAGAAUGACAGACAGAAACAGAAAGACACAGACAGAGACAAAGAGAGGACAUGGACAGAUUUAACAAGACAAACUACAUCUGAAGAGAAAACCUGACUGCAGGCGAGGAAAUAGAAAGCUCCAGCAGGAAGUGGCAGGUGGGAACAGGAAGCUCAGUCUGGGGGUAAUUGUCUCUGCAGUUGACAUGUCUGCGGUCAGAGCUGCGUCCGUCCUGCUGAGCGUCUGUGUCCUCGUGGUCCUCGUGGUCCUGCCCUGCAGCACUCAAGAUUGGACGCUACAUUUCAGAGAGUGACGCCUCCAUGGCGUCGUUGUUGUGUGACAUCAGACGACAGCAUCUCUGUGAAGUCACAGUCGAUGGAUCAAACAGGAAGACCGACUGUGAGCGGUGUUCCAUUGUACGUUUUACAGCGGGACAGCAGAGACAAACUGGUGUCAUUCAUUGGUUCAGACAGGUCACAUGUAUCAGAAACAGGAAGUGGCAGAGGGAUCUGCUAUGUUUCUGAUCUGUUAUUGAUUAUUUAUCUAUUGUUGAUCUUCCUACAGGAAGUAACUGCAGCUGCAACAUCACCAACAGCCACUGUGACGAGUCCAGAGUCUGCAGGUGUGACCCCGGCUGGGAUGGUGAACGCUGUGACCGCUGCGUGCCGAUGCCCGGUUGCGUGCACGGCUCAUGUCAGCAGCCGUGGCAGUGCAGCUGUGAGCCGGGCUGGGGGGGGCGCUUCUGUGACAAAGACCUGUUCAUUUGCUCGGAGCAACCGUGUGAGAACGGAGCGACCUGCGUGAUGGAGGACAGCGGUGACUUCAUCUGUCUGUGUCCUGAAAGUUACCACGGCAACAACUGUCAACUGAAGAUAGGACCAUGUCACCAGAGGAGGUCUCCGUGUAAAAAUGGUGGCCUGUGUGAAGACGCUGACGGUUUCGCAGCAGAGUUGACAUGUCGCUGUCUGGCCGGCUUCACGGGACCCCGCUGUGAGACCAACGUGGACGACUGUCUGAUGAAGCCGUGUGGUAAUGGCGCCACCUGUCUGGACGGCAUCAACCGCUUCUCCUGCCUCUGCCCCUCUGGCUUCACUGGACGCUUCUGCACCAUCAACCUGAACGACUGUGCCAGUCGGCCCUGCCUCAACGCAGGUCGCUGCCUCGACCGCGCCAGAGGCUUCCACUGCGUCUGCCGGGCCGGUUUCACCGGGGCCACCUGCCAGACGCUGCUAAGGAGCCGUGAUGCCCUCGAGGCUGGCUGGACAACGAUGGGGUGGGAGGGGCCAGGAGGAGGUGAGGUUAGGAACCAUAGGACCAGCAGUAACAGUAGUCGUUGUGACGACCAGCUGUUUAAGGUAACAGUGAGUGAGCGUGGUACUGUUGGUCUAUCAGAUGUCCAGCUCAUCAUCCUGUUGAUGCUGGCAGCACUGACGCUGGGUGUAGUGGUGCUGACCGCUGCCCUGGUACUGCAGGGUCAAUGCAGGGACUGUGGCCACGCCCCUUGCUGGUCACUGACUUCAUCAUCAUCAGAACAUAAGAGCAGGCGUCGAGUGCAGCGGGACGAACAGGGCGGUCGCAUCAGCUUCCUGAAUGCUGCAGAACCAGAGAAGAAGAAACACAACGCUGAGGUUGUGUAAAUGAGUGGGCGUUCGAGAGAGAGAGGAAGGACACACCCCACUCUCAUGUGAGAACUACAUAGUCAAAGGUCAGAGGUCACCUGCAUCAGGUUCAGGUCUAAUUCUCCCAGAAUGCACCUGCUGCUACUAUGCAAAUCCUCUGUGACAUCAUCACCUUUAAACCUAAAGCAGGACAGUGGGAGGAAUCUCAACAUGACCAGGUCCAGUUCUAUUUAUAAUAAUACUACAUUACCCAUGAGCCUCAGCUGCUGUGUAAGAGGUUGGUCACACACGAAACGUUCGACCAGCCAAUCAAUGUCGAGCUGCAGCCGUUAAGAAGGUGGAAUUUCCAAAUAUGAUUGCGGGAGUGGGGGUGGGGGGGGGUGGUUUGGCCCCUAAUCAGCGAAUCAGAGCACAGAGUUCAGGUCAGGUGACACAACCUGUUUUAAUGUAAAACUGAAGAGUUGUGAUGGCCCCUCGUGAAAUCAGCUGGACGUUAUUCACAUGUGUAACAGAUGUCAUGUCAGUGUUAAAUAUUGAUAAAUCUUUUAUUGACGAUUGAUUUCUGAUGAUUUGAUUUUUUUUCAGGUUUUAUUUUGUGAUUUGAUAUUUUCACUAUUUUUGUUUUUCACUUAUGAAAAAGAUAAAAUGUGAUUUAAUAAAUUUUCUG